CACUAUGUUUGGUUGUAACUUAUUUUGAAGGAAACAGUGUGUGUGUGUCUGUAUGUGUCAAAGUCCAGACUGCCAGCAGUGUGUGUAUUUGCACCAGGCUGAAAACACACCGUGAGUGUUUGGAGCAACAUGGAGAAGCAGAAGAUCCUGUGUGUGGGUUUGGUGUGUCUGGACAUCAUCAGUGUGGUGGACAAAUAUCCUGAAGAAGAUACGGACAGCAGAUGUUUGUUGCAGCGGUGGCAGCGUGGAGGAAACGCCUCCAACUCCUGCACGGUUCUGUCUCUGCUCGGAGCUCCGUGUGCCUUCAUGGGCUCGCUGGCUGCCGGUCCCAUCUCUGAUUUUAUUUUGGAAGAUUUUCAGAAGUAUCACGUGGACGUGUCUCUGGUGUCUGAGCACGCUCAGUGCAACCCUCCAGCCUCUAUGGUCAUCAGCAACAUCAGCACAGGAAGUCGCACCAUCCUGCACAUGAACAGGAACCUUCCGGAUGUUACAGCAGCAGAUUUCUCCAAAGUGGACCUUCAUCAGUUCAAGUGGAUUCAUUUGGAGGGCCGAAAUGCUGAUGAGCAGAUGAAAAUGAUCCAGCAGGUUGUAACUCAUAACAGCACAUUACCGCCAGAGCAGAGGAUCAGCAUUUCUGUGGAGAUUGAGAAAACCAGAGAGCCGCUCUAUCAGCUGUUUCCUCACGGCGAUGUGGUGUUCGUCAGCAAGGACGUUGCUCGGCACUUCGGUUUCCAGACAGUUGAAGCUGCUCUGAAAGGACUUUACAGUCGGGUCAAAAAGGGGGCCGUCCUCGUCUGUGCCUGGGCAGAAAAAGGAGCCGGGGCUUUGGGUCCUGACGGCGUCGUCCUUCAUUCAGAUGCGUUUCCUCCUGAAACUCUUGUCGAUACUCUCGGAGCUGGAGACACUUUCAACGCCAGCGUCAUCUACAAGCUCUCCAACGGAGGAAGUCUGCAGGAUGCUCUGACCUUCGGAUGCAGGGUCGCUGGCGCAAAGUGUGGUUUCCAUGGUUACGAUGGCAUCAGUGAAAUGUUGAGGAACAUGUGAACUGAAUGAAGUGAAAAGUAGAACUGAAAUUUUCAUCCAGAACUCAAAUCAGAUUUAAAUGCAGUCAUUCCAGUUUGUAAGAUGAAGCUUUUGUAGAAACUUGAGAGGAAAUGUUUUUUUGUUGUUUUUUUUAAUUUAUUUUAAUUAAAUUAAAUUACACUCAAUUCAA